UGCGGGGAUAUGGGGCUGGGAAUGGAAGGACUUGGGGCUGCGGGUGAGGGGUGUAUGGGUACGGGUCUGGGGGAUGUAAGGUUACAGGGCUGCUGUUGCAAAGGCAUGGGGAUGAAGUAUGCAAGGGUAUGGGGAUGGGAUGUGUAGGGGUACAGGGAUUGGGAUGUAGGGAUAUGGGGCUGGGGGUGUGAGCUACAGAGGUACAGGAAAGCAGUAUGCACAGAUAAGGGGUUGGGGAUGUGAAUUACUGGGGUGCAAAGCUAAGGAUUUGGGCUGCAGACAUAUGGGGAACCAGGUUAUAGGAUACAGAGCAGUGGGAUGCACAGAUACAGGGCUGGGGAUGCGGGUUUUCGGAGUACAGGCGUGAGAAUGUGGGCUGGAAGAGUAUAGGGCUGCGGGAUGCAGGAAUGUAGGGCUGGGAAUAAGGGCAAUGUGGGGGGGGUCAGGAUGCGGGAUUACAAGGAUAAGAGUGCGUGCUAUAGUGGCACAGGGAAGUGGAAUGCACAAAUAUGUGGCUGGGAAUGUGGGUUGUGGGGGUACAGGGCUGAGGAUGUGGUCUGCAAGGGUAUAGGGCAUUGAGAUAUGGGGUACGCAGGUGUGGGGCUUGGGAUGCAGGGGUACAGGGCUGGGGAAGUGGGCUACAGGAAUUUAGGGCUGGGGAUGUGGACUAUGAGAGUACAGGGCUGCAGAUACAAGGACACAGAGCUGGCAAUGUGGACAGCAGGAUUAUAGGGCAGCGGUGUGCAGGAAUAUGGGGCUGAGCAUGCAGGCUGCAGGGGUACGGGGUGCUGGGAUGUAGGUUGUAAGUGUGCGAGGUUGUGGAACGCAGGCUGCAAGGAUAGGAGGGCAUGGGCUGCGAGGACGUGAGGCUGUGAAGGACAGGCUGGAAGGGUACAGGGCUGCGGGAUGCAGACUGGGAGGAUACGGGGCUGGGGGAGAUGGUCACGGGGACAAGGUGCUGCAGGAUAGGGCUGUGGGGUUAGAGGUCUGUGGGGAAACUGUAGGGACGUGGGACUAAAGCAUGCUGGCUGUAGGGCUGGGGGGUUAACAGCCCUGGGGCGCAGCACUGUCGGGCUGUGGGAUAGAGUGUUACAGAAUGUGGGGCUGUGGGAUGUGGGGUUGGAGAGCUGCAUGCACACAAGAGGCAGGGAAACAGGGCUGUGGGGUGCAGGAGUACAGGGCUGAGGGCUGUGGGAGUACACAGCUGUGGAGAUGCAGGAUAACGGGAACACAGGGUUGCAGGAUGCGGGACACACGGCUGUAGGAUGCGGGAUGUGGGAACACGGGAAGCAGGAUAUGGGACGACAGAGCUGCAGGAUGCGGGACUACGGGAAGCAGGAUAUGGCCGGACGGGGCCGCAGGAUGCAGAGACACAGCGCUGCGGGAUGCGGGGACAGGGAGCUCAGGAUAUGGGGCUGCCAAUCAUGGAAAGCGCUGAGUGCCAGCGACAAGCGUCCCUUCGUGGAAGAGGCCGAGCGGCUGCGAAUCCAGCACCUCCAGGAUCACCCCAACUACAAGUACCGCCCGAGGAGGAAGAAGCAAGCCAAGAAAAUCAAGAGGAUGGAACCCAAUAUCCUCCUGCAUAACCUUUCCCAGCCUUGCAGUGACAACUUCAGCAUGAGUCACCACGGCGGCAGCCAGCCGGGCCACCCCCAGCCUCCCCCACUCAACCACUUCAGAGAACUCCACUCCAUGGGGUCGGAUAUUGAAAACUAUGGCUUGCCAACUCCCGAGAUGUCUCCCUUGGAUGUCUUGGAACAGACCGAGCCGGCGUUUUUCCCCCCGCACAUGCAGGAGGACUGCGGCAUGAUGCCCUUCCGCGGGUACCACCACCACCACCCCCAGAUGGAGUUUCCCCAGGAGAAGUGCCUGGGCCGGGACGUGGCCGUGCCCUACGCGCAGCCCCCAGCACACUUGGCCGACGCCAUGAGGACUCCCCACCCCUCCGGCCUCUACUACAACCAGAUGUGCUCGGGGACUCAGAGCGGGCUUUCCGCCCACCUGGGCCAGCUCUCGCCCCCGCCCGAAGCCCACCACAUGGAGAGCGUGGAUCACUUGAACCAAACCGACCUUUGGACGGACGUUGACCGCAAUGAGUUUGACCAAUAUUUGAACAUGAGCAGGACUCGUCCCGAAGCCUCGGGACUGCCUUAUCAUGUCUCCCUGUCCAAAGUGACUCCUAGGAGCAUCUCCUGCGAGGAGAGCAGCUUGAUAUCCGCCCUGUCCGACGCCAGCAGCGCUGUCUACUACAGCCCAUGCAUCACCGGCUAGGCUCGCGCGUGCACCCAACGCAACAAGCCAACGAGCAACCAUCCUCUAAUCGCGAGCUCCGUACUAUGUAGAGUAUCUCAUUAAAUGCAUCGCUUUCUUUCUUAAAAAAAAAAACAACCAAAAAACAAAAAAACAAAAAAAAAGAAAAAAACACAACCCAACCAUGCUGAACUCACCGAUAUACCGUAUAACUAUAUAACACAUAGAUGCCUUCCCAAAGCCAAAGGUUAACCACACGCUAGCCCGCCCACCCGCUGCAGCUCCCAUCGCUCCAUCCUCUCGGGGGCAUUUUUUAGGCAACUGCAGUGAAUCCUGCCUGAGCCAACCCAGCACCAACACCAUCACCCACUGCCCAGCACCCAGCCCUAGGAACUCACGCACUGGGGGGCCCUCGGGAACCCUUUUCGGGGGCUGUUGAAGACUCGUGCUGCCCGGUCAUGGUGGUCUUUAGGACAGUUUUUACUGUAUUCUCAGCAAUAUAUUUUAAUUGGGCAACAAAACUAUAUUUUUACUAAGCAUUUUUAUAUAUAUAAAAUGAUAUUUAAUGUCUUUCGUUGGUUUUUUGUUGUUGUUGUUUUGGUGUUUUGUUUUGUUUUUUUUUUUUUACUAUUAGACUUUUUAAAAAAAAGAAAUCAAGGGAUAUCCAUGAGAUCUAAAGCAUUUAUGUAGCAAAGCUGGAUUUAAAAAAAAAAAAAAAGGAAAAAAAAAAGGGGGAAAAGGAGAUAUUUUGUGAAAAAGGGAGUUACCAUGUAAAUACUGUGGAACAAUCGACUGGAAUUUUGUACAAAGGAAAAAUACGACUGCUAACACUUUUAUUGUCUAGAACUGUACGGCGAGCAAACUGUUUGAUACUGGUUAAUUAUUAAAACAUCUUCAUCUAAUUGC